AUGGAUCGCCCGUCCACCGCUCUCAAUGAGUACACAGACGACAACCGGCGGUGCAGACACUGCAAUCUAACCGGCCACAUAGCCCCUCGUUGUCCGCUACGACCGCUGCCAACCUCCGUGAGGCAAACCACCAUCACUUCUCAGCAACCGAGUACAACCAAUGCACCGCAGCGGGGCCAUACGUCGAAUACUACUCGGCAUGGCCCUAGUGGCACCACAACUUCCUCCCGGGAGAUCCGUCAUCAUCACUUCCUGGACCAAGGAACUCAUCAAAUUAUCCAUAUCGACAUCGGCGGGAAUCUCCCGGUUGUGCAUACUACCCAGGUGCGGGACAGACCGAAACGCAGACGUAGGAAGAGACCGAACAAGUCGGCAAGGAGGGCUCGAAUGGCCACAGAACAGACCAAGUCUCAGGAUCCUACCCCAGCAGUUGCAAAAACCGAGGAGAAUGAUGAGAAGAUGAUCCAGUGA